AAUGCUACCUUCGAUACUGAUGAGCCCCUCACGAUAGCACACGCGAACCAUGGCGAGCCAAUCCACCCUACGUCAGCAACCCGCCGACCGUUUCUCACAAUGGUUCGACUACUUCUACGAGCGCCUGUUGAAGCGUCUGGACAAGGUACAGAACCGUAGUCCCCUUGACAAGCGGACGACCCAGCUCAUUGCGACCCUUGCUUUGUCGUUGACAAUAAUAACCGGCAGCUAUAGCGGGUAUCGAAUGUACAGGCGGAAGCAGAAAGAGCAAGAUGAAGGGAGGAAACUCCUCAGAAGAAACAGUGGCUUGAAGGUCAAAGACGGGACGAGAACAUUAUUCGUGCCCUAUAAAGACCGCGCGAGUAAAGUGGUCAUUCAUCCUACGCGACCUACAACCUUUGACGCGCAUCGGAGAUUCUUCUUGAACCCGAUCAGGCAGAGAGUGUCCGGUAGAGCGAUUGAGCUGGGUGCGCCGCCGAGCGACGUCAAGCCUGGACUGAAUGUCGCGUUCGUGCAUCAGUUCCUGGCUAUUAUGCAGAUAGCAGUGCCGAGGCUAGGAUCGAAAGAGUCGGGACUGCUUACCAUGCAUGCUUUCUUCUUGAUGCUACGCACUUACUUGUCACUAGUGGUGGCCAGAAUGGACGGAGAGAUCGUCAGAGAUCUCAUUGCUGGACAAGGCAAGGCUUUUCUAUUUGGCAUCACGAAAUGGCUGUCACUAGGUGUCGUUGCCAGCUACACAAACUCGGUGAUCAAGUUCCUGCAGGCCAAGAUCAGUAUUGCUUUCCGAACACGUUUGACGAGAUAUGUACACGACCUGUACCUGAGCGCGAACAUGACUUAUUACAAAAUGCACAACACGGAUGGCAGCAUCGACCACGGAGCCGACCAGUUCAUUUGCCAGGAUCUUACGCUUUUCUGUGACAGCGCUGCCAACUUGUACUCCAGUCUCGGCAAGCCGUUUAUCGACCUAAUCACUUUCAAUUAUCAGCUUUACAAGUCGCUGGGUCCUCUAGCGCUGAGCGGCCUCCUCAGCAAUUACUUCGCUACCGCCAUCCUGCUCAAGAGGCUGAGCCCGCCAUUUGGCAAGCUUAAAGCUGCUGAAGGACGCAAAGAAGGCGAGUUCCGGGCCUUGCACUCACGACUGAUUGCAAAUGCUGAGGAGAUAGCAUUCUAUGCGGGUGGACCCACAGAACACGAACUGCUUGACAAGGGCUUCCGCGAGCUGAGGAAGUGGAUGGAGAGCAUCUACCGUGUCAAGGUAGGAUACAACAUGCUUGAGGAUUUUGUCUUGAAAUACACAUGGUCUGCGCUUGGUUUCGUCAUCACCAGCUUGCCUGUCUUCCUCCCGGGCCUCAACAUCGCACCAGAACCGACAUCAAAGUCAUCAAGCGCCCCGAGUGUUGAUGCCAUUGAGAGCGACGAGGGCAGCGAUCGUUCUGGAGCUCGGACGAAGCAGUUCAUCACCAACAAGCGUCUUAUGCUGAAUCUCGCGGACGCAGGAAGUCGCAUGAUGUACUCCAUCAAGGAUCUGUCGGAGCUUGCUGGUCAAACGAGCAGAGUGUUCAUGCUCAUCAGCACUCUGCAUCGCGUUCAUGCAAAUGCGUACCACUUACCACGCGGCCAUCACCCCGAACCAUACAAUCUAACUGACGUGCAUGGCACGCUGCACAAAGGCUACGAUGGCGUGCGUUUGGAGAAUGUACCUGUUGUCGCGCCUUCACCAUUCCCAAUGGGCGGCGAGGAGCUUAUUGAGAACCUGUCGUUCAUAGUAGGACCAGGCGACCACCUGCUCAUCACAGGACCGAAUGGAGCAGGGAAAUCUGCUGUUGCCAGAAUCGUGGCUGGCCUUUGGGCGACAUAUCGUGGCCUGACCUCUCGACCUCGGGAAACUGGCCAAGAUGGCAUUAUGUUCUUGCCCCAGAAAGUGUAUCUCACUGUUGGCACUUUGCGCGACCAAGUUAUCUACCCCCACACUGAAAUGGAUAUGAAGGAAGCUGGCCGAAGAGAAAGUGAGCUCCAAGCCAUUUUGGAAGAGAGCAAGCUUGGCUAUAUUCCAGACCGUGAAGGUGGCUGGGACACGCGCAAGACAUGGCAGGACGUUUUAAGCGGUGGAGAGAAGCAGCGAAUGGGCAUUGCUAGGCUGCUCUACCACGAGCCGCGAUACGCAUUUAUUGAUGAGGGCACCUCAGCUGUGAGUUCAGAUGUAGAAGGCAUACUGUACGAGACUUGCAAGAGGAAGGGCAUCACACUGAUCACGAUCUCCACUCGUGCCUCCCUGAAGCGAUAUCACUCAUACACGCUUACACUCGGCUUGGGCGAAGAUGCGAGCGAAUACGAGUUCAACAGGAUCGGAACAGCCAGCGAAAAGGACAGCGUAGAGAAAGAGAUUCAGGAGCUGCGCGAGAAGCUCAGCCAAGUUGAGGAAUGGAAGCAGCGAAGACAAGAGAUAGAUGAAGAGCUGAACAAGGUCUGGGUUGCUGGGCAGGAGCUGGAGGCGCCUGAAUAUCAUAAUGGGCAGAAUGGCAGCUCGGAGGCAGAGACUGUCAGUCUGAGCUGAAACCUUAGAUCUAUAAGUUGGCUCGGCACUUCCGAACUUGACUUCGACGACCUGAUCUUCAACACCGACAUCAGGAGAUGAACCAAGCACUCCGUCGAGAUCAUGGCGAUUACGACGAAGCCGCACAUGGGCAGUGUCAACGACGCCACGCCCUAUCGUCCGGGCUCAUCGACAUGACCUGCGAGAGCCUCGAGUGUGACGACUUUCUGUUUUCCGGAUGGUCUGCCGAGAUAUGCAAAACAAAUCAGAUGAUGAAUUCUUG